AUGACUAAAGUCAUAUUUCAACUUUGUAACGCGAUAGAUGUCGAACCAUCAACAAAACAACCAUACGACGCUAUAGUAAAGGAUCUCUUGACAAUCAAAUCAUUUGCAGCAGGCAUCACGGUCCCAAAGGAUUACAUAUGGCCUGUUAAACCAGACAAAUAUUUGGGACAUCCCACAACAUUAGUAGCUGCUGCACAUAAAUUAGGACUAGAAGUAUAUGCUUCUGGUUUUGCUAAUGAUUUGACUUUGAGUUACAGUUAUAACUAUGAUCCAACUGCUGAGUACCUUCAAUUUUUCGACAGUAAAGAUUCUGUUGACGGUGCUAUCACUGAUUUCCCAGCUACAACAUCAAAUGCCAUUAGGUGCUUCGCACAGAACAACACUGCGCAUAAAAAAGGACCAACUUUAAUCAUAAGCAGCAACGGAGUGAGCGGUGUGUACCCAGGCAGCACUGAUUUAGCCUAUGAGCAAGCUAUAACCGACGGCACUGACAUCAUUGUACUAGUUCAACAAUAA